AUGGAGGGCCUGGACCUUCUUCUCCCCAAUUAUCUGAAACGAAAACGUGUGGCUGAAUCAAUCGAAAAACCGGAUGAAGAGCGGCCGAGAAAAGUUCGACCACCGCUAGAAAUCUUGGUCCUAGGUAACAAUGACUGUGAUAGUUGGGAGAUAAGGAAAGGACGCGGGUCAAAGAAAGAUCCCCUCACCUUCAGCCACUGGAGGAGUAGUGAUAUCAACACGAUCAAUGCGGGAAAUAACGACCUAGUCGUCAUCUCUGACAGCGAUGUGGAGGGAAAUGAUCGUCCCCUUCAAGACAACACUGCUCAACGUCCCCGAGGAGGCAGUGAACCACACGCUGAGCCCGAAGCAUUUGCUUCGGAAUUUUGGAGCCAUUACCGAGACCAGAAUAUCAAGCCCAAGAUCUGUGCUAAUGCUCUUCGUAACGUACGGAGCGAGGAGAUGCAAGACGACGACCAUGAUGAUUGCAUAAGCAUACUUGACGAUUGUGGAAAAUAUCCACCUUCGAGACCUCAACGAAAACCAUCCGUUAUCACGAUCAAAGAAAAGGUGGGAGAGGAACCAAAAGAGUUAACUCCGGGCCUUUCUUCCUCCCAACAAAAUGAGGUCAGCGAAAACCUUGACACUGGACAUUCAUCCCAAGACUUCGACAAGAUUCCACUGGAUACUACUCUUAAGGGGGCACAAAUUGAAAGUCUAGAACCGGGCUUCACAUUCCUGGGUGAACGAAGGUUUAAAUCCACAUCGCCACGCGAUCAAGAUGUUCAACAGCUUCCUCAAAAGGUAUCAGCCCGCAAUGCCCAGCCAAGAACACCAGAGCAAGACGCAAUACUUAAGGAGAAGAAGAGGCUCUUCUAUCACACUUACUGGAAACAGUAUAUUCCACUCAUUAAGAGAAAGCUUUCAGCACAUCAUCAACGCGUGUUAGGUAGCCGAAGAUUUUACGAAUGUUGGCUUUACAGCGGCCGACUGCCAAAGAAAUCUCGAGCCAUUUCGGUUUCCAUUAGGUUUCAACAUGACGGCGAUAUCUACAACAUCACAGUAAACAUUAUGUUCGUCGCUAUGCUCCUUGAGGGUAUCAUGACUGAUAAACACAAAGAAGGAAUUAUUGAGAACAAAUGGCAAGCUAGCCACCUCUGCAGCAACUGGACGUGUUUGAACCCGUACCAUGUGAUUCCAGAGCCAGGCGUCAUCAACAACAGUCGGAAACAAUGCUACAAGCCUGACAGUGUGGCUUGCUCUCAUAUUCCGCAAUGUUUAAAACACCUCAAGGUCGAUGAAGCAUCGCUACUACCUACUGAGCGGCCAUAG